AUGGAGACGGGAAAAUGCGGAGUAUGUCAAUCAGAAGCAAAGCACCGUUGCACGGGUUGCAAGACAAAAUUUUACUGCAGUGCAGCCCACCAACGGGACGAUUGGCCAGCUCACAAGCUGACCUGCCGAUCCUGGCAAGUAAACACCUCUCCAGAGCUGGGGAAUCACUUGAUAGCAGCCCGAGACUUGAACCCCGGAGACCUGGUGAUAGCGGAGACCCCGUUGGUCUGGGGUCCGGGAAGACAAACUGAGCGAGUGUGUGUUGGCUGUGGAGAGCCUGGAGUCCGAGUUCGGUGUCCAGGAUGUUCCUGGUACGCGUGCAAAGUCUCCUGUCACGGACUCGUCGACGAAAACCGGCACGGAGUCGAGUGCAAAGUGCUCGCGAGUCUGAGACUCCUUCCGUCCUACGACAUCCUGAUGGUCCUGAGGAUGAUCCUGGUGCACAAAAGGAGCCACUCACGCUGGCAGACGCUGAUAAGUCUGCAGAGCCACGAGGAUGAUCGCGGGCCUGGUACUGAAGCUUUUGAAGAAACUGAAGCUGUUAUUCAGCAGCUGGAGCCGGUUAUUGGUGUCCUGGGGAUUGAUAAAGCCACUGUGAGGAAAAUCUGCGGGCUCAUUGAUGUCAAUGCUUUGGAGACGAAUCCUCCGGAAGGUUCUGUUGCCAUUUAUCAGCAUGCUUGCUUGAUGGAACACUCUUGUCUUGCUAAUACUAGGCAUAAUUUCACUGUUGAUAACAAAGGGCGGCCGAGGAUUAUUGUUAUUGCUGCGACGUCUAUUAAAAAAGGCGAGCACAUAAGUACCACGUAUACUCACGUUUUAUGGUCAACAAGAGCACGCCGAGAACAUUUAUUGGCGACCAAAUACUUUGCAUGUCAUUGUGAGCGCUGUAAAGAUCCAACGGAACUAAAAAGUCAUCUGGGAACUCUUAAAUGUACUUGUGGAUCCGGUCUUGUUCUACCUAGAGAUCCGCUGGAUUUAGAGACAGAGUGGUUUUGUGACUCAUGCCCAGGGACUCUGACAUCUGUGGAAGUGAUGCAGCUGACAGAACGCUUGGGCGAAGAAGUUGAAACUGCGAUGGCAAGUGCCAAAGAAUCUGUAUUAAGGGAUUUAUUAUCCAGAUUGCAAGUACUUCUUCAUCCCGGUCAUCAACAUUGUAUCGCAGUUGCUCACUCACUUAUCCAACUGCAAUCUUCAGAUAAUCCGCAAAAAUGCGAGUUGUGUUUGCGCAUCCUAGAUACGACAUCAAUCCUAGAUCCUUAUGGAACAAGACUGGGUUUAUAUACAGCGGUCGCAUUACGAGAGCUCGCUUCGUGCCCUGGGGAAGAUCGGCGGCUCAAUUUGGAACGCGCUAUUCAGUUGCUAGAACAUGAACCAGCUGGCAGUCCCGGUGAAAAAUUUAAAAAACUUAUUGAGACUGAGUUAUAA